GUGACGCGCUCCAACAUGGCGGCGCCGUGGGGCCGCGGCGUCGCUUCCUGACGGGCCGGCGCGCACGGACGCGGUGGCUACCGGCCGGGACGCCGGGCCCGCAGCCUCGCUUACCUCCUCGCUCGCGCCGCCCGUCCGCGGGGCUGCCGGCCCCCCGCCGGCCGGGGCCAUGCAGGAAAGCCAGACUAAGAGCAUGUUCGUGUCCCGGGCCCUGGAGAAGAUCCUCGCCGACAAGGAGGCGAAGCGGCCCCAGCACUCCCAGCUGCGCAGGGCCUGCCAGGUGGCGCUCGAUGAAAUUAAAGCAGAAAUAGAAAAGCAGAGGCUCGGCGCUGCAGCCCCACCAAAGGCAAACUUCAUAGAAGCGGACAAGUAUUUCCUUCCGUUUGAGCUGGCCUGCCAGUCCAAGUCCCCGCGCGUGGUCAGCACGUCCCUUGACUGCUUGCAGAAACUCAUUGCGUAUGGGCACAUCACCGGCAACGCCCCAGACAGCGGAGCCCCAGGGAAGCGGCUGAUCGACAGGAUUGUUGAAACCAUAUGCAACUGUUUUCAGGGACCUCAGACCGAUGAAGGAGUUCAGUUACAAAUCAUUAAGGCUCUGCUGACCGCCGUGACUUCCCCACACAUUGAGAUUCAUGAGGGCACUAUCCUGCAGACUGUGAGGACAUGUUACAAUAUCUAUUUGGCCAGCAAAAACCUUAUCAAUCAAACCACUGCCAAGGCCACGCUUACCCAGAUGCUUAAUGUCAUCUUCACCCGCAUGGAAAACCAGGUGUUGCAGGAGGCGAGAGAACUGGAAAAACCAAUCCAGUCAAAACCCCAGUCCCCUGUGAUUCAGGCUGCAGCAAGAUCCCCAAAGUUGAAUCAUUUGAAGCAGAGCCAGGCACAAAGCAAACCAACAACUCCUGAAAAAACAGAUUUAUCCAACGGGGAACAUGCUAGCAGUGACACUGGGAAAGUGAGCUCGGAGAAUGGAGUCGCACCCCGAGAAAGAGGCCCAUCACUGCCAGAGAGUGAGGAUGGAGCCCAGGACGUGGUAAAGGACAUCCUAGAAGAUGUGGUCACCUCUGCUGUGAAAGCAGCAGCAGAAAAACAUGGGCUAGCAGAACCCGACAGGGUCCUGGGUGAGCUCGAGUGCCAGGAAUGCACUGGUCUCCCUGGGGUGGACGAAAACUCCCAGACCAACGGCAUAGCAGACGACAGGCAGUCCUUGUCAUCAGCAGAUAACCUGGAGUCAGAUGUACAGGGACAUCCGGUGGCCACCAGGUUCUCUCACAUUCUGCAGAAGGAUGCCUUCCUGGUGUUUCGCUCUCUGUGCAAGCUGUCCAUGAAGCCCCUUGGGGAAGGCCCCCCAGAUCCAAAGUCCCAUGAGCUUCGCUCCAAGGUGGUCUCCCUGCAGCUUCUUCUGUCCGUGUUGCAGAACGCUGGCCCAGUCUUCAGGACCCAUGAGAUGUUCAUCAACGCCAUCAAGCAGUACCUCUGUGUGGCCUUGUCCAAGAAUGGCGUCUCCUCUGUGCCCGAUGUCUUUGAACUCUCUCUUGCCAUCUUCCUCACUCUGCUUUCAAACUUUAAAAUGCACCUGAAAAUGCAGAUAGAGGUCUUCUUCAAAGAGAUAUUCCUGAACAUUUUAGAAACCUCCACAAGUUCUUUUGAGCACCGAUGGAUGGUCAUCCAGACCCUGACGAGGAUCUGCGCAGAUGCCCAGUGUGUGGUGGACAUUUAUGUCAACUAUGACUGUGAUCUGAAUGCUGCUAACAUUUUUGAGCGCCUCGUGAACGAUUUGUCGAAAAUUGCUCAGGGAAGAAGUGGCCAUGAGCUGGGGAUGACCCCUCUGCAGGAGCUUAGUCUGAGGAAGAAGGGCCUGGAGUGCCUCGUGUCCAUUCUCAAGUGCAUGGUGGAGUGGAGCAAAGACCUGUAUGUGAACCCCAACCACCAGACCAGCAUCGGUCAGGAGAGGCUCACAGACCAGGAAGUGGGGGAUGGGAAGGGCCUUGACAUGGCAAGACGGUGCAGUGUGACGUCCAUGGAGUCCACCGUGUCCUCGGGUACCCAGACGACCCUUCAGGACGACCCAGAGCAGUUUGAGGUCAUCAAGCAGCAAAAGGAAAUCAUCGAGCACGGCAUUGAGCUCUUCAACAAGAAACCCAAGAGAGGGAUCCAGUUUCUCCAGGAACAGGGCAUGCUGGGGGCGUCGGUUGAGGACAUUGCUCAGUUUCUGCAUCAGGAGGAGCGCCUUGAUUCUACCCAGGUGGGUGAUUUUCUGGGAGACGGCACCCGGCUCAACAAGGAGGUGAUGUAUGCCUACGUGGACCAACUGGACUUCUGUGAGAAGGAGUUUGUCUCUGCACUCAGGACGUUCCUAGAAGGUUUCCGUCUUCCCGGGGAAGCCCAGAAGAUUGACCGCUUAAUGGAGAAGUUUGCAGCAAGAUACAUAGAAUGCAACCAAGGGCAAACUCUGUUUGCAAGUGCUGACACUGCGUAUGUCCUGGCCUACUCCAUUAUCAUGCUCACCACAGACCUGCACAGCCCACAGGUAAAAAAUAAAAUGACAAAAGAGCAGUAUAUUAAAAUGAAUCGGGGCAUCAAUGAUAGUAAAGAUCUGCCAGAGGAAUAUCUGUCCAGCAUCUAUGAGGAGAUUGAAGGCAAGAAGAUCGCCAUGAAGGAAACAAAAGAGCACUCGAUUGCAACAAAGUCUACGAAGCAGAAUGUGGCUAGUGAAAAGCAGAGGCGGCUGCUGUACAAUUUGGAGAUGGAGCAAAUGGCUAAAACAGCCAAAGCUCUCAUGGAGGCCGUGAGCCAUGCCAAAGCCCCAUUCACAAGUGCUACCCACCUGGACCAUGUCCGGCCAAUGUUCAAACUGGUGUGGACGCCAUUGCUGGCAGCCUACAGCAUUGGGCUUCAGAACUGUGACGACACUGAAGUGGCCUCCUUGUGUCUGGAAGGCAUCCGAUGCGCCAUCCGAAUCGCCUGCAUCUUCUCAAUGCAGCUGGAACGAGAUGCCUACGUUCAAGCCCUGGCUCGCUUCUCUCUGCUGACGGCCAGCUCCAGCAUCACAGAGAUGAAGCAAAAGAACAUUGACACCAUCAAGACGCUCAUCACCGUGGCUCACACUGAUGGCAACUACCUGGGGAACUCGUGGCACGAGAUCUUGAAAUGCAUCAGCCAGCUGGAGCUCGCUCAACUGAUAGGAACCGGGGUGAAGACCCGCUACCUGUCUGGCUCUGGGCGAGAGAGGGAAGGAAGCCUAAAAGGCCACACGUUGGCAGGAGAAGAGUUCAUGGGCCUUGGCCUUGGUAAUUUGGUGAGUGGUGGUGUGGACAGAAGGCAAAUGGCCAGCUUCCAGGAAUCAGUUGGUGAGACCAGCUCUCAGAGUGUGGUUGUCGCCGUGGACAGAAUUUUUACCGGCUCCACCAGACUGGAUGGAAAUGCAAUUGUUGACUUUGUCCGCUGGCUGUGUGCUGUGUCCAUGGAUGAGCUGGCAUCCCCCCACCAUCCUCGCAUGUUCAGCCUGCAGAAGAUCGUGGAGAUUUCAUACUACAACAUGAAUCGGAUCCGGCUGCAGUGGUCCCGAAUAUGGCAUGUGAUUGGAGAUCACUUCAAUAAGGUUGGCUGUAACCCCAAUGAAGACGUGGCUAUCUUUGCAGUGGACUCUUUAAGGCAACUCUCUAUGAAGUUUCUAGAGAAGGGUGAAUUGGCCAACUUCCGAUUCCAGAAAGAUUUUCUGAGACCCUUUGAGCAUAUUAUGAAGAAAAACAGGUCUCCCACCAUCCGGGACAUGGUGAUCCGCUGCAUUGCCCAGAUGGUGAGUUCCCAGGCGGCCAACAUCCGCUCAGGCUGGAAGAACAUCUUUGCUGUGUUCCACCAGGCGGCCUCUGACCAUGAUGGGAACAUCGUGGAGCUGGCCUUCCAGACCACAGGCCACAUCGUGUCCACCAUUUUCCAGCACCAUUUCCCGGCAGCCAUCGACUCCUUCCAGGAUGCUGUGAAGUGCUUGUCGGAGUUUGCCUGCAAUGCCGCCUUCCCCGACACCAGCAUGGAGGCCAUCCGGCUCAUCCGCUUCUGCGGGAGAUACGUCUCGGAGAGGCCGCGGGUGCUACAAGAAUACACAAGCGACGACAUGAAUGUCGCUCCUGGCGACAGAGUCUGGGUCCGAGGUUGGUUCCCCAUCUUAUUUGAGCUCUCCUGCAUCAUUAAUAGGUGCAAGCUGGACGUGCGGACCAGAGGACUGACGGUCAUGUUUGAGAUCAUGAAGAGCUACGGCCACACCUUUGAGAAGCACUGGUGGCAGGACCUGUUCAGAAUUGUGUUUCGGAUUUUUGACAAUAUGAAACUCCCUGAGCAGCAGUCGGAGAAAUCUGAGUGGAUGACCACAACGUGCAAUCAUGCCCUAUACGCCAUCUGUGACGUAUUUACUCAGUUUUAUGAAGCUUUAAAUGAAGUGCUGCUUUCUGACGUGUUUGCCCAGUUGCAGUGGUGUGUUAAACAAGAUAAUGAACAAUUGGCUCGAUCAGGCACCAAUUGCUUGGAGAACUUAGUGAUAUCCAACGGAGAGAAAUUCAGUCCUGAAGUCUGGGAUGAAACCUGCAACUGUAUGUUGGAUAUUUUCAAAACCACCAUCCCACAUGUGUUGCUGACCUGGAGACCUGCAGGGAUGGAGGAAGAGUCAUUCGAAAAACAUUUGGAUGUAGAUCUGGACCGCCAGUCUUUAAGCAGCAUCGAUAAGAAUGCGUCUGAGAGAGGCCAGAGCCAGCUCUCCAACCCAACAGAUGACAGCUGGAAGGGGAGACCCUAUGCCAAUCAGAAACUGUUUGCCAGCCUCCUCAUCAAGUGUGUGGUCCAGCUGGAACUCAUUCAGACCAUUGACAACAUCGUAUUCUACCCUGCAACCAGCAAAAAGGAGGACGCAGAGCACAUGGUGGCUGCCCAGCAAGACACGCUGGAGGCAGAGAUCCACAUCGAGACAGAAGACCAAGGCAUGUACAAGCACAUGUCUUCCCAGCACCUUUUCAAGCUGUUAGACUGCUUGCAGGAAUCCCAUUCGUUCUCCAAGGCCUUCAACUCCAACUACGAGCAGCGGACGGUCCUGUGGCGAGCAGGCUUUAAAGGCAAAUCUAAGCCCAAUCUUCUCAAACAAGAAACCAGCAGCCUGGCCUGCUGCUUGAGGAUCCUGUUUCGAAUGUAUGUGGAUGAGAGCCGCAGGGACUCCUGGGGCGAGAUCCAGCAGCGACUUUUAACUGUGUGCAGUGAAGCUCUUGCCUAUUUCAUCACGGUGAAUUCAGAAAGCCAUCGAGAGGCCUGGACAAGUCUCCUGUUGUUACUGCUAACGAAAACCCUCAAAAUCAAUGAUGAGAAGUUCAAAGCACACGCUUCCAUGUACUACCCCUACUUGUGUGAAAUUAUGCAGUUUGACCUGAUCCCCGAGCUCCGCGCGGUGCUGCGCAAGUUCUUCCUGCGGAUAGGCGUCGUGUAUAAGAUCUGGAUUCCAGAAGAGCCAGCACAUGCCCCUGCAGCCCUGUCCCCCGAGUGGUAGCCUCGGCCUCGUGGAGCACCCAUCAUGCGGUUCCGGCCCGACACCCAUCAUGCGGUUCCGGGGCGUCCAGGAACAAGCAGCUGCCUUCCUGCCCUCACAGCGGCCUAGAGAAGAAUGGCCUCCACCCUGGUCCCCCCCAGGCUCCGGCUGAGGCUUGGGGUGCUGCAGGAGACCAUGGCCUCCCCAUGUUGGAACAUGGUGGGUGGAACACUGCAGGCGGGAGGCGCUCAUCUGUCAUUCCAACCACCAUGUCUGUCGCUGCAGAUGUCACCUUGUCCUAGUGAAGUCCCGUGACCGGCUGUAAAUGUGUCAUCAGAGAAAGUCACUCUCCUUGAAAGUAGCUGAAUAGGUUCAUGUUCACUAGAGAGUACGUUAAUAAAAGUUUCUUGUAAGGCAACCUGCCACCUUAAAUAUGCUGGGUUUUUGUUGCUCUUUGAGUGUGUUAGAGAAGUUUGACUGUUUUGUCAGUUCUGCCUCAGCUGUAGUUAGAUUAGUUUGGGGAAAGGUAGGGAAAGAAAGGGUUGUUAAGUUUUCUGUUUUGUUUUGUUAAUGUUUGAGUGAUAUUUAAAAUAUUUUACUAAACAAUCUUAUUGAAGAUUUGAUUGAAGGCACAGUUUAGCAAUUAAGUUAGCAUUAAGAGCUUGCAAGGUUAAAGAAGUAGUGCCUGGUGGCCCUGUUUUAGUAACUUGGGAGACACAGGUCAGAGAGAAAAGCAAGCAGUGUAAUAGUGACCUUCUGUGAAGUGUUUGUAGAUGGCGUCCAGCGAGGAGUUCGCGUCCUGUCUACCACGCAUGCUCACAUCUCACACAGGAGGUGGUCCUUACCUUCUCACCUUUUUGUUUUUACCUCAGAAGAGUGACAGUGCGUGUACCGGUGGUGAGUGUCACUGAUUUGCAGAGUCCCCAUGAGAGGGACGGGAAGUUUGCAUGAGAAGGGUGCUCUCAUGGGGCUCAGCCACAGGUUGUGAGUGAAGCAGGCAGUGGCCGGUGCGUGGCUGGCGCGUGAAGAGCUGAGUUCACGGGCGAUGUCAAUGGAGAUGCAGUGCCCUGAACUGUAGAGCGCGCAGUCCUGAUGCAGCUCGUGUCAAGUGGGCCAUGGACAAGAAUGCCGAGCUCACUCACGAUGGGCAUGCAUGCGAUCCUGAGAGCAAUGGGUGUGGAAGCUUCUUUUCCCUGAGUGUGCGGAGCACACACCUAAGAAAACUGUCAGAGCGAUGGUCCGAAAAUGGCUUGUACUGACAUCAACUCUGGUGCCUUAGCAGCUAGUAGUUUGGAAACCUACCUGUAAAAUUAGACAUUUUUUUUUCUUUGUAAGAGGACUUCUGGUGCUUUUGCUUACUAAGAGACUGAUUUUUUUUUUAACAGCCUGAGAAAUGCUUGGUUUUGGUUGGCAGUACUGUUUUUCUUUGCCCAAAAGUAUUUGUCUACCAAAGGAAAAAAAUAGGUUUUCUACUUUAUUUAUAUAGAUUAGGAGAGAGAGGCUGUAUAAUUUAGGGUGGACCGUGGGAGAAUAUUUUACUGUGACUGGGAAAUGGGAGCAGGCUUGAUUCUCUUGUCCUAUCACAGGUGUGAGUGGGGACCGCGCAUGCUUGUUCCCUCACCGAGCUCAGGGUGCCCAGAGCCACAUCCGGGCACUGGUGGCUGCUCCCACCCUGGCAUCCUCUGC